AUGCAAAACUCCACCUCGACCUCGGACUCAGACCUAAACCUGUACUUCUACACGCCCUCCACCGCCGCGGCCGUGAUCUUCUCGGUUCUCUACUUCCUCCUGACGCUGUGGCACGGGUACAUCAACUUCAUCGCCACCCGCCGUCUGGCGUAUAAGCACAAAUACACGAUCCCGCUCUUCGUGGCCUGCGUCAUCUCGACGGCCGGGUGGUCCAUCCGCAACGCAUCGAUCCACAACUUGAGCUCGAUACCCUUGUACGCGGUCAGCGCGUCGUACAUUGUCAUCUCGCCCAUCUUUGUCUGCGCGAGCCUGUACCUGCUGCUCACGCGUCUGAUUCGGACGAACCUGACUGCGGACAAGCAGCAAGUCUUGUUCCACAUCCCGCCCCGCUGGCUCAGCCGCGUCUUCAUCACCUCCGACGUCUUCAGCUUUUUGACCCAGUGCUCCGGCUCCGGCAUCGCCAGCUCGGGCAACUGGGAAGGAGACCUGAAGACCGUGGGUACCAACGUGCUGCUGGUGGGGUUGAGCUUGCAGCUCGCCACGUUCACGGUCUUUCUCGUCGUCUUGGGGAAAUUUGUCACGAGGGCGAGGGUGAGCUCCUCCUGCAGGGCCAAAGAUGCAGGGGCGGCAGAUGCUGGAGGGUUGGACCCCAGCGUGCGCAAGGUGGUCUGGGCGGUUUGGAUCGCUGGGUUUUGGGUCCAGGUCCGAUCCAUCUACCGCGUCGUCGAGUUCGGCAUGGGCAUUGACGGCUACCCCUUCACGCACGAAUGGUGCCUGUAUGUCCUCGAGGCGGUGCCCAUGUUCAUCGCCCUCACUGUCCUGGCCUGCUAUCACCCCGUCAAGUACAUGCAGCAUCCACCGCAGAAGACACAGACCGACCACGCCCUGCAGGAAAGAGAAAGCAGGGCGGACGCGAAACGACCGAGCGGCGGCGCGAACCAUCACUCCUUGACCAAGGGUGGAAAAUGCGGAGUCGUGGACACUGGAGCAGUGUAG